GUGACAGGUGUUUGUUUUGAACGAGUCAAACAUGGCUGCAGCGGUCCGUCGGUUGUUGCGCAGCAAUGUGAGCUACGUCACCAGCUCACGUUUGCUGACUGGACGUCGGUACUUCUCAAACAGAACGGAACCGGAACCACUGACUGUGCGCAGCCAGGAGAACGGCAUUAGAAGAAUAAUACUGAACAAUCCCAAAAAAAGGAACGCUCUGUCUCUGUCCAUGCUGGAGUCUCUCCGAGAGGACAUCUUGACUGAUGUGGACAGCCAAGAUCUUCGAGUUAUCAUCAUAUCAGCUGAAGGUCCCGUGUUUUCCUCUGGCCACGACUUGAAGGAGCUGACGUCAGCCCGGGGUCGAGAGUAUCACACCCGUGUGUUUCACACGUGCGCGCAGGUGAUGACUCUGAUACAAGACGUGGCCGUCCCCGUCGUCGCCAUGGUGAAUGGCGUGGCCACAGCGGCGGGCUGCCAGCUGGUGGCCAGCUGCGACGUGGCGCUGGCGUCCGACAAAUCCACCUUCGCCACCCCGGGCGUCAACGUGGGGCUCUUCUGCUCCACGCCGGCCGUGGCCAUCGGCCGAGCCGUGCCCAGGAAGGUUGCCAUGGAGAUGCUUUUCACGGGCGCUCCCAUCUCCGCCCACGACGCUUUGCUGCACGGGUUGCUCAGUAAGGUUGUUCCGGAGGAGCGAUUGGAAGCGGAGACCAUGGCCGUCGCCCGGCGCGUGUGCGGGGCCAGCCGACCCGUGGUGGCCCUCGGCAAGGCCGCCUUCCACAAACAAAUGUCUCAAGGACGAGAUGCGGCGUACGCCACCGCCUCCAAGGUGAUGGUGGACAACCUGGCUUUGAGAGACGGCCAGGAGGGAAUACGAGCCUUCAUCGAGAAACGCAAGCCGGUGUGGAGCCAUCAAGUGGAAAACGUCCACGAAUGACGCGCGUUGCUCGGACGGACCUUGUGGACAUCAUCAGACCUAUUCCUGCGUGCCUUAAAGAGCUGCAUUGUGAAGGGACAUUUAAUUGAAUUUAAUGGUACUUAAAUACCCAUGUUUAAUUUUAAAUGUUUUUUGGAAUAAUUAAGCACGAUUUUUGUUUCAUGUAUAGUGUUUAUAUUCAAACUGUGCAGAUUGUUACAGCAUAUACAAUACAACACUAUUCAUUUUUGG